CACAAAUUUCAAAAAUCUUAAUUUAUUUUUUAAACUCCCAGUCUACUCAAACGGCGCCUGGCAAAUUGGGACGGAGGGAAUGAUUAAAUUUUUUAUCCCGCGCUUGCUUUAUAGGGUUUUAAAAACCUGAUCCCCUUCACUCACUCCCACACUCUCUCUCCCUUUCAAAAGAAUUGUCGCUAUUUUUGCCGUUAAAAAUGGCGCAAAUAAAGUUGACGGUAGGCGCGAUACCGAUGCUAUCGACCGGAAAAUGGAAGGAAGAGGAGUUUACACCGGUGUUACAGAUAACAGAUAUUCGGAGCUGUUUGAUUCAGAAUCAGAGGAGUAACAAUAACGAACGAUACACGAUUCUGUUAUCGGAUGGACAGUAUCUUCAACACGGGAUUUUAGCUAAGCAUAACAGCCAUCUUAUUUGGUCUCAACGGAUGAAGAAAGGAACUAUUAUUUACAUGAAAGAGUUCGUUCCUACUUUCAUCCAAAAUCGAACGAUCAUCAUUAUCAUUGAAUUAGAUAUUUUACUUGAGCUGUGUGAUCAAAUUGGAGAACCAAAGCAUUAUCUCAAAACUGAUGGUAGUACUGAGUUGUGUAGGCAAGCAAUGGUGCCCCAGUUGCCCCGGGUUGAUAUGGAGAAAGAAGCACUUGUGACUUGUGAUAUCUUGCGGACUCAAGAUGAAGAAAACCCGGCAAGAAAGAAGAGUAAGAUGAGUACCACAGUUGCUACAUCACCAGCAUUCGAGGUGACAGACCUUGAUGGUUCUGCGUCUGAGCGGACAGAUACACAUGCCACCACCUCGGCUGGGCCUACAUCUUCCAUACCUUCUACAGUUCGAGCUACCUCCAGGGCUACACCUGUUCUGUCAAAGGCCGGGAUUCUGAAACUUGGUCAACUAGCUGCUUCCACUGAUACUAGGGUGGUCGGACUUGAGAAGAGCAUCCCUGAGAUGAUCAGAAUGGCCUUGGCUCCACUUAGCACAUCAUUGAGUGCGGUGCCACAGAAGCAACAAGCCCAUGAGACCGCACUGGUUCUUUUGACUGAUCGAGUUGCUAGGUUGGAGGAGCGUGGGGGUGGUAGUGACUUGACCUCUAUUCGGGCGGACGUGACAAAGCUCCAGAGAGAGGUGGAGCACUUGAUGUCUGCGAAGAUUGAUUUCUUGAUAGCUGACCCACCUCAGGAGGAGGUACCGAAUCAGCACGACGAUAGGGACCCCAUCAUAGAGGAGAGGAGAUAGGCAUCGGUGAGACCCCUGAGGACUCUGAAAAGGGAGAUGAUGAUGAUGAUAAGAUCGAUGAAGAGGGCAAGUAUUUAAUAAUGUGUAGAAGCCCCAACACUAGUACAAAAAAAGCCUUUAGUGGCAAGUAUUUAAUAGCAAUUAGCUAAUUGCAGCUAAUGUAUUAUCUAAACUCAAAUAUCACGAGCAGUUCAGUUUUUGCCAGUAAUAAGUAUUUUUUAGGCGCAAUUUAAAUGAAUAGCCAGGGAAAGCUAAUACUGAAGUCAAUCUUUAUUAUUUGCAAUUCCCUCCAAUUUAUUUUCACUGCUAAUUAAAUUCCCUCCUU